UUGUUCAUAUGUUUGUAUGAUGAGCUGGUAGAUAGACUGCUAUUUCAUUUUUUUAUUGUAUUCUCUUUUACAUGAUCAAUACAAAAAACCACAAAUGAAGAAGAAACCCAAAAUACAACAUUAAAGACAUCCAAACCAAACAAUCUGCAGCUGCGAUUCAUACACAAUUACUGCCAUGAAAUGGACGCGUUGCCAGUUUAUAUGGCUGUGCCAGAUUCAAUAAAACAUGGCCUUCGCCAGAAACCCACUGAAGACAUUAAAACCUAAAGAUAUAAACGUCUGGAGAUUCUCCAAGAAAAUUGAAGUUUAGCUUUAAAAUCAGGGGGGGCAACUAGAAAAUGAAAAUUGCAGAGCAGUUGAAAUUCAGCAUCGGAAAUUGAAGUUUCAAGAAAACAAUAGUAGCAAUGGCAAGCCACGUAUUGGAUGAGGUUCGAUUCACAUUGAAUCAAUAAAUGGCAAUAAUAGUUUGUUUGAGGACGAGGGCGGUAAUAAUGUUUGGUUGUGACUGUAGCAGAAGUAGAUUUACAGUGAGCAACAACACAAUCCACUUCAAUUAUAUUCAUGCAUUUCCAUUCUCUGCUCAUCUCAAUCUCAAACUCAGAGCAUUGUCUAGAGAGGGUCGGUUGAAGGAGGCGCCACAAAAUGUGCUUACUACACACAGGGAAGUUGCAGUUACUACCCCCACAUUUUUCCAAAACAACUUGAUCAACCUGUAUGUUAAGUGCGGUAGUUUAGUUGAAGCUCGCAAAGUGUUUGACAAAAUGUCAGAACAAGACUGCGUCUCAUGGAAUUUGAUGAUUGCAGCUUACCGACGAUGUGGGUAUCCUCACGAGGCAUUGGCAGUGUUUCACGUAAUGCGACGAUCAGGCGUUCAACCCGAUCGGUUCACCUUCUCCAGCAUCCUCCCCAUCUGUGCCGAAAUACGCGAUUUGGAUAAGGGUAUGGGUAUCCAUCAAAUAGUAAUUGAGAGCACACUUUUAUCAGAUGUUGUAGUAGGGAGUGCACUCAUAGAUAUGUAUGCGAAAUGUGGAAGCAUACAGAAGGCACGCGAAGUGUUUGACAAAAUGCCUAAAAGAAAUGUGGUGACUUGGAAUGUGAUGAUUGCAGGGUAUGCACAAAAUGGUCCUUUUGAUGAGGUUUUAAGGCUUUUCAAAGAAAUGCCUCUACGAGAUGUGGUUUCAUGGAAUACAAUAAUUGCAGGAUGUGCACAAUAUGGGGUUCUAGACGAGGCUCUUAAUCUUUUUAAACAAAUGCCACGACGAGACGUGGUUUCAUGGAAUACAAUGAUUGCAGUACAUGCACAAAAUGGUGCUGUAGAUGCGGCUUUAGGGCUUUUUAGAGAAAUGCCUCAAAGAAAUGUGGUGUCAUGGAAUGCGAUGAUUGCAGGAUAUGCACAGAAUGGUUUUAUUGAAGAAGCCUUGGAGACUUUUAAAGAAAUGCAGUUGGCAGGUUUCGAACCUAAUCACUUCACCUUUGCCAGCAUCAUCACAGCCUGUGCUAAAAUAGGGGUUUUGGAACAGGGCAUGGGUAUGCAUCAAAGCAUAAUGGAAAACGGGAUUUUUUCGGAUCCUUUAGUUGCUAGUGCCCUUAUAGACAUGUACGCAAAAUGUGGAAGCAUGCAGAAGGCAUGGAAAGUGUUUGGUAAUAUGCCUCAAAGAGAUAUAGUCUCAUGGAACGCCAUGAUCGCAGGAUAUGUACAGAAUGAGCUUUCUGAAAAGGCUUUCGAGACUUUUAAAGAAAUGCAAUUUGCAGGUAUUCUACCCGAUCACUUCACCUUUGCCAGCAUCCUCCCAGCCUGUGCCGGAAUAGGAGCAUUAGAACAGGGUUUAUGCAUCCAUAAAGGCAUAAUUGAAAACGGUUUUUGUUUCAAUGUUGUAGUUGCGAGCGCCCUGAUAGACAUGUAUGCAAAAAGUGGAAGCAUGCAGAAAGCACAGAAAGUGUUUGAUGAUAUGCCGCAAAGAAAUGUGGUCUCAUGGAACACGAUGAUAACUGGAUAUGUGCAUAAUGGUUCUAUUCAAAAGUCCUUGGAGAUAUUUAAGAAAAUGCAAUUGGCAGCUGUCCAACCUGAUCAGUUUACUUUUGCCAGCAUCCUCCCUGCCUGUGCCAAAAUAGGAAAUUUGGAAGAGGGUAUAAAUAUCCAUCGAACCAUGAUGGAAAACAAUUUAUGUUCAGAUGUUGUAGUUUCGAGUGCUCUGGUAGACAUGUAUGCAAGAUGUGGUAGCAUGAAGAAAGCACAGGAAGUGUUUGACAAUAUGCCACAAAGAAAUGUGGUGUCAUGGACUGCUAUGAUUGCAGGCUAUGCACAUAAUGGGGAUGUUAGGAAGGCCUUUAGGACUUUGAAGAAAAUGCAAUUGUUAGGUGUCCAACCAGAUCAGUUUACCUUUGCUAGCAUUAUUACAGCCUGUGCAAAACUAGGAGUCCUUGAACAAGGUAUGGACAUCCAUCAAAGCACAGUUGAAGGUGGAUUUUCGUCAAAUGUUGUAGUUGCAAGUGCCCUGGUAGAUAUGUAUGCAAAAUGUGGAAGCAUACAGAAGGCACGCCAAAUGUUUGAUGAAAUGUCUGAACCAGAUGCUUUCUCAUGGAGUGCAAUGAUUGCAGGAUAUGCAAUGCACGGAUUUCACAAGGAUGCGCUUGAACUCUUUGAUCUAAUAUAUCACUCAGGAACAUGCAUUGACCAUGUGAGUUUUAUCUGUGUUUUAUUUGCAUGCAGCCAUGCAGGUUUAGUGAAUGAGGGCUGCAAGUACUUCAAUGGCAUGAGCAACUUGUAUUGUAUUAUGCCUACAAUGGAUCAUUAUGUAUGCAUGGUUGAUCUUCUUGGCCGUGCUGGUUAUCUUGAGGAAACUUUAAACUUUAUCAUCAAAAUGCCAGUUAAACCUGCCAUGGUUGUUUGGAAGUGUUUGCUUGGCGCUUGUAAAUUGCACAAGAAUAUAGGACUUGGAGUAUAUGCAGCAGAUCUCCUUUUUGCGAUGGAUUCUAAAAAUGCUGCACCCUAUGUCCUUCUGUCAAGCAUCAAUGCAGAAAUAAGCAGGUGGGAUGAUGCUCAAAAGCUAAGGAGGUUGAUGAAAGAUAGAGGAAUUAAUAAGAUAGCAGGAUGUAGUUGGAUUGAAGUCCAAAAAAUUGUACAUUCUUUUUGUAUAGGAGACAUUGCACCCACAAAUGCCAGAAAUUAUGCGAAGUUGGAGGAAUUUUCUUGGGAGAUGAAACUAGCAGGGUAACAUCCAGAUUCAAAACAUGUACUGAAUGAUGUGGAGGAGGAAAAAGAACAAUUAUUUCUCUGCCACCAUUUUGAGAGAUCGCUCAUUGCAUUUGGAUUGUUAAAACAUGUCUCCUGCAAUAACUAUCAGAGCUGUCAAGAACCUUCAAAUAUGUGUUAACUACAAUAAAGCAACCUAGUUUAUCUCCAAGAUUGUUGCAAGAAAAGUGAGAAAUGCAAGCUAUAUCAUUAUUUCAAGCAAUGGCAAUGUUCUUGUAGAGAUCAAUGGCGGUGCUAAAUUAAGCAAACUGGGAAUAUUUGUUCGCACUAUAACAGGUCCUUUGUAUCAGACAUGCAUCAAAAAAAGGGAAACAGGCAGCCUGUAUGGUUCCAGAAAGAUAGAGGAGGAGGUGGAGAAUGGGAAAAGCAAAAGGAGAUGAACACUUUAUGGAACUUGGAGUAUGCUUGCCCAGCAGGAAAGAAGAGAAAAGCGAUUAUAAUCAAUUCUCUGAUUGAAAAUGACGAGGAGAGCAUCUUGUGAUAGUUCUUUACUCCAUUUUUUUGCCAUUUUUGUAUGGUCCUGUCUGGAUUAAUUCUCCAAAGGUAAUUUAAGCAAGGUUGGGUUUUUGUUUUUAUUGUUUUAAUUAAUUUUUGUCCUAUGUACCAAUGAUAAUCAAGCAAAAUUUAAUCUUUAACUUAUCCAUAUUUUACAUUGAGACAACUUGCAAUCAAAUUCAGACUUACAGUAAUUAAUAAUUUGUUUUGGCUAUUAGUUGUUUAGCAGUUAGGGUUCUAAUUUAAAUAUGAGCAUCAAUAUGAAUUUUUAGGUUUACUUGAUUCUGUAAAUGUUGAAGUUCUAUUCAUGACUGAGACUAAUCUAUCUGCUUAAGAUCUAGAAUCUUUUUGUGGUCGAACUAUUGUUUCAGGUUGCUUUGUGGUUAUUACUAAUGUGCAGAGGAUGCCCACCACUGGAUAUCUGUAGUUAUUUGUGGUAAAAAUGUGUUUCAAAAGUUUCCUUUGCUUGUGAAUCUGUGAUAACGCCUGAUGAAAAUCUUGUAAGUUUUAGUGAAGAACAUCCCCUAUCAAUUUAGUAGUUUAUGUUGAAUUUUUUAUGUUAUGCUUCUACUCAGAGUAUAGUUUAUUUUUUCUUUUGUUUUAUUAACAUAAUCAAUGGUUCUUUUCUUUCCCUUGUGCAAUAUUGAGCAAGGAUUUAUGUAGGGUGUGAUUGGGACUGAUGGGAGAGACACACCUAUCAAUUCAAAGACAAUGCAGGUGGAGCUAAUGCGUAGAGGACAUCCUCUUAUCAUAUGUGUAGCUGUUUGUGGUAAAAACGUGUUUCAAAUUUUUUCUUUGCUUGUUAUAGUGCAUGAUGAAAAUGUUAUAAAUUCUGCUGAAGAACACCUGCUAUCGACUUAGGAGUAUAUUUCAAAUUCUUUUUCUUUUGCGUCUAUCUUUAGCUUAUUCUGAUACGUGUUUAAUUAAUUGAAACUAUGAUUAUUGGAGUGUACUUGUGAUUAAUUGGAGACACAUAUCCAACCAAAAGUAAAGAAGUUGGAUGAGAAGCCUGUUCAUAGCCAAAAUUGUCCAGCCAUUUCCUUGCAGAUUUCUAGCUAAUUUGAUUGUCCUCUCUAUGGAGUAAUCACAAAAGAUUUUAUCACUUCUUUUAUUCCUUCAGAAAAGAAGGCUGUGUGACUUGAGGGUAGUUUCUGGGUUGAGAUGGUGACAUCUGUGUAAAUGGAACAGAUUGGAAAGGCCUUUUCUCCUCUUUUUAUUUCUUAUUCUUUUCUUUUUUAACUUUUUCCUUUUUAUAUUAAGAGCCACAGUUGAUGAUAUAAUAAAAUUUGUCAUUAAGAUGAA